GCGAGCUCUGAUCUUGAACUUGGACUGAGUUGCGGUCGGGCCGAGCACGUGGGCUGCUCCACACGCCGCGUGGCCCGCUCGACCCCUCGGUGCAGCGGCGCCAGGCUCGCUCCGUCUCCUCCAGCCGCGCCGCCCCGCCGCCCCCGGCCGCGCUCGCACGCGUCGCGCCGCUCCCGGGCUCCAGGCGACCGCGUAGCGGGCGCCCCCGAGGCGGCGCGGCCUGGGAGGCGGAGACGGGGCGUGCCGCCGGCGCCCCGCUCCCGGAAGCGGCUGCUCCUCGGGCUCCCGCCGGGCGCAGCGGUCGGGGCUCCAGCAUCCUCGGUUGGGGCUCCAGGAGCAGCGUGAGCGGCCACUGCCGCCCCAGCAGCGCGAUCCCCGCUCGGCCAGCACGAUGCUGCCCGUGUACCCGGAGGUGAAGCCCAACCCGCUGCAGGACGCGAACCUCUGCUCGCGUGUGUUCUUCUGGUGGCUAAACCCCUUGUUUAAAAUUGGUCAUAAACGGAGAUUGGAAGAAGAUGAUAUGUAUUCGGUGCUUCCGGAAGAUCGCUCAAAGCACCUUGGAGAAGAGCUGCAAGGGUACUGGGAUAAAGAAGUUUUAAGAGCCGAGAAAGACGCGCAGAAGCCUUCUUUAACAAAAGCAAUCAUUAAGUGUUACUGGAAAUCUUAUUUAGUUUUGGGAAUUUUUACAUUAAUUGAGGAAAGCAUCAAAGUAAUUCAGCCCAUAUUUUUGGGAAAAAUUAUUAAUUAUUUUGAAAAUUAUGAUCCCACCGAUUCUGCAGCUUUGCACACAGCUUAUGCCUAUGCCUCGGUGAUGACCCUGUGCACGCUGUUCUUGGCCAUACUGCACCACUUAUAUUUUUAUCACGUACAGUGUGCUGGGAUGAGGCUGAGAGUAGCCAUGUGCCACAUGAUAUAUCGGAAGGCACUUCGUCUUAGUAACAUGGCCAUGGGGAAGACAACCACAGGCCAGAUAGUUAACCUGCUGUCCAAUGAUGUGAACAAGUUUGAUCAGGUAACUAUCUUUUUACACUUUCUGUGGGCAGGACCACUGCAAGCUAUUGCAGUGACUGUCCUUCUCUGGAUGGAAAUAGGGAUAUCGUGUCUUGCCGGCAUGGUAGUUCUGAUUAUUCUUCUGCCUUUGCAAAGCUGCUUCGGGAAGUUGUUUUCAUCACUGCGGAGUAAAACUGCAGCUUUCACAGACAUCAGGAUCAGGACGAUGAAUGAAGUUAUAACUGGCAUAAGAAUAAUAAAAAUGUACGCUUGGGAAAAGUCAUUUGCAGAACUCAUUACCAGUUUGAGACGGAAGGAAAUUUCCAAGGUUCUGAGAAGUUCCUACCUUAGAGGGUUGAAUUUGGCAUCGUUUUUUGUUGCAAGCAAAAUCAUUGUGUUUGUGACUUUCACCACCUAUGUGCUCCUUGGCAACGUGAUGACAGCCAGCCAUGUGUUUGUGGCAAUGACACUGUAUGGGGCUGUGCGGUUGACAGUCACCCUCUUCUUCCCCUCAGCCAUUGAGAGGGUGUCAGAGGCAGUCGUCAGCAUCCGAAGAAUCAAGAACUUUCUGUUACUUGAUGAGAUAUCACAGCACCACCGUCACCGGCCGUCAGAUGGUAAAAUGAUAGUGCACAUUCAAGAUUUUACUGCUUCUUGGGAUAAGGCAUCCGAAACCCCAACCCUGCAAGGCCUUUCCUUCACUGUCAGGCCUGGUGAAUUGUUAGCUGUGGUCGGCCCUGUGGGAGCAGGAAAGUCAUCGCUGUUAAGUGCUGUGCUCGGGGAACUGCCCCCGAGUCAGGGGCUGGUCAGUGUGCAUGGAAGCAUCGCCUAUGUUUCUCAGCAGCCCUGGGUGUUUUCAGGAACUGUGAGGAGCAAUAUUUUAUUUGGGAAGAAAUAUGAAAAGGAACGCUAUGAAAAAGUAAUAAAGGCUUGUGCUUUGAAAAAGGAUUUACAGCUUUUGGAGGAUGGGGAUCUGACUGUGAUAGGAGACCGGGGAACCACGCUGAGUGGGGGGCAGAAAGCACGGGUCAACCUCGCAAGAGCAGUGUAUCAGGACGCCGACAUCUACCUCCUGGACGACCCUCUCAGUGCUGUGGACGCGGAAGUCAGCAGGCACCUGUUCGAGCUGUGUAUUUGUCAAACCUUGCAUGAGAAGACCACAAUUUUAGUGACUCAUCAAUUGCAGUACCUCAAAGCUGCGAGUCAGAUUCUGAUAUUGAAAGAUGGUGAAAUGGUACAGAAAGGCACUUACACUGAAUUUCUGAAAUCCGGGGUAGAUUUUGGUUCCCUUUUGAAGAAGGAAAAUGAGGAAGCUGAACAAUCUGCGGUUCCAGGAACUCCCACACUGAGGAAUCGUACCUUCUCGGAGUCUUCGGUUUGGUCUGAACAGUCUUCUAGACCCUCACUGAAAGACGGUGUUCCAGAAGGCCCAGAUACUGAGAAUGUACAGGCAACACUAUCAGGGGAGAGCCGUUCUGAAGGAAAAGUUGGUUUUAAGGCCUAUAGGAAUUACUUCAGAGCCGGUGCUCACUGGUUUAUGAUCAUUUUCCUUCUUCUGCUAAACAUUGCAUCUCAGGUUGUCUAUGUUCUUCAGGACUGGUGGCUUUCAUACUGGGCAAACAAACAAAGUGCACUGAAUGUCACUGUAAAUGGAAAAGGAAAUGGAACUGAGAAGCUAGAUCUUCCCUGGUAUUUAGGAAUUUAUUCAGGUUUAACUGUAGCUUCCGUCCUUUUCGGCGUAGUGAGAUCUCUGCUGGUGUUCUACGUCCUUGUUAAUUCUUCGCAAACUUUGCACAACAAAAUGUUUGAGUCAAUUUUGAAAGCUCCUGUAUUGUUCUUUGACAGAAAUCCAAUAGGAAGAAUUUUAAAUCGUUUCUCCAAAGACAUUGGACAUAUGGAUGACUUGUUGCCCCUGACAUUUCUAGAUUUCAUCCAGACAGUUCUGCAAGUGUUCGGUGUGAUUGCCGUGGCGGUAGCAGUGAUUCCUUGGAUCGCCAUACCCCUGGUUCCCCUUGGUGUCAUUUUCUUUAUUCUUCGGCGGUACUUCUUAGAAACGUCGAGAGAUGUCAAACGCCUGGAAUCUGCAACGCGGAGUCCCGUAUUUUCCCACUUAUCAUCUUCUCUCCAGGGGCUCUGGACCAUCCGGGCAUACAGAGCUGAAGAGAGGUUUCAGGAGCUGUUCGAUGCACACCAGGAUUUACACUCAGAGGCAUGGUUCUUGUUCCUGACGACGUCGCGAUGGUUCGCUGUGCGCCUGGAUGCCAUCUGUGCCGUCUUUGUCAUUGUUGUUACCUUUGGGUCCCUGAUACUGGCAAAAACUUUGGAUGCUGGGCAGGUUGGCUUGGCAUUGUCCUACGCCCUCACGCUCAUGGGGAUGUUCCAGUGGUGCAUUAGACAAAGUGCCGAAGUGGAGAAUAUGAUGAUUUCAGUAGAAAGGGUGAUGGAAUACACAGACCUGGAGAAAGAAGCACCUUGGGAAUACCAGAAACGCCCGCCACCCACCUGGCCCCAGGAAGGAGUGAUUGUCUUCGAUAAUGUUAACUUCAUGUACAGUUUAGAUGGACCGCUGGUAUUGAAGCACCUGACAGCACUCAUUAAAUCAAGGGAAAAGGUUGGCAUUGUGGGAAGAACAGGAGCUGGAAAAAGUUCCCUCAUUGCAGCCCUUUUUAGAUUGUCAGAACCUGAAGGUAAAAUUUGGAUUGAUAAGAUCUUGACAACUGAAAUUGGACUUCACGAUUUAAGGAAGAAAAUGUCAAUCAUACCUCAGGAACCUGUUUUGUUCACUGGAACAAUGAGGAAAAACCUGGAUCCCUUUAAUGAGCACACGGAUGAGGAACUGUGGAAUGCCUUAAGUGAGGUACAACUUAAAGAAACCAUCGAAGAUCUUCCUGGCAAAAUGGAUACUGAAUUAGCAGAAUCAGGAUCCAAUUUUAGCGUUGGACAAAGACAAUUGGUGUGCCUUGCCAGGGCGAUUCUCAGGAAAAACCGGAUAUUGAUUAUCGACGAAGCGACAGCCAAUGUGGAUCCAAGAACUGAUGAGUUAAUACAAAAAAAAAUCCGGGAGAAGUUUGCCCAGUGCACCGUGCUGACGAUCGCGCACAGGCUGAACACCAUUAUUGACAGUGACAAGAUCAUGGUUUUGGAUGCAGGAAGGCUGAAAGAAUAUGAUGAGCCGUAUGUUUUGCUGCAAAAUAAAGAGAGCCUCUUUUACAAGAUGGUGCAACAGCUGGGUAAGGCCGAAGCCGCGGCCCUCACUGAGACAGCAAAACAGGUGUACUUCAAAAGGAAUUAUCCAGAUAUUGCUCAGAGUAGCAAUAUGGUUGUGCAUACUUCCAACGGACAGCCCUCCACCCUAACUAUCUUUGAGACUGCACUAUGAUUCUACCAAGAUGUCAAGUCUAUUCCAAAGGCACUUUCUAACAGUUUUUGCACUGUGGAAACUAUAUUGUACUUUUUUUUUUUUACUCGGGAGACAAAUAUUUACACAUACAAGAUGUUAGUUUAUUUGGAUUUUUUUUUUCCCGACUUCACCCAAUGAUUUCAAACUCUAACAAAUGGCUUAUUGUUUCUAUUUAAUGUUAUAGUUUUUUUUUUUUUUUAAUGCAAAUCAGAGAUGCAGGCCACCAGUAAAAUCUGUCUACCAGGUUUUGUGCCUUAAGAUACCCCAGAGCCAAAGCUCAUUUUGUAAAAAUGAAUAGGACAAAAUUGCUACAGAUUUUCUUUACGGCCCCCCAAAAUGUUGAUUAAUUUUUAAUUAUAUCAGGGAUUCUAUUUACUUGAAGACUGUGUGAAGUUGCCAUUUUGUCUCACCAUUUUCUUUAACAUAACUAGGAUUCAUUUUAUUUCCCCCAAAGGCUUCUGGUUAAAAAAAAAAUACAGGAAAAACAAAAAAAUAUACUUGAAGUGACAUAGUAGGGAGAGUCUAAUCCUGCCCCCCUGCCUCCCCCCCCGCAAAAGAGAUAAAUGGUUAAAAUAUAGAAGGACAAUAUUAUAUGUUCUAAAAGAGGAGGAGAAAAAUACAUUUUCUCAAAAUAGGAGCCCUUUCUAAGAGAUUUGAUAAGGAAGGACACAAGUGUGACCUUUAUGGUCUUUUAGAUUUGCGUGACUCUGACAUGGUAACUGUGUUGCAGUUUUAAACUCAGCUUGGUGAUACUUUCCACAAAGACCAAACCUCUAACUGUAAUUCCUGAAAUAUGUAGUUGUAUUCCUAUUUGGAUUUCUGGUUGACUGAGGGUUGACUGUAAGGUUUUUGGUUUAGCCUUUAUUGAAAUCCUUUCUAAAUUGCAUGCAUAUUCUCCUGACUUGGUGAGAAAAACUGAAAAUCGUUGCAAACAUUGACUGUAAUUAUGUAGUACCUUCUCAUGAAGCAUCCAGAAGGUUCAUUUUUCAUGAGCCUGUUUAGGUAGUUUACUUCUGACCACUAAUAGCAGUUUCUUUAAGUCUUGCUGAUUAAUGAAUCAACAAACCACCGUAAUUCCUAAGACCUAUUGUAUGUACUUUAUUUGAACUCGUGGUCUUUAGUUUUUCGUGGUGGUGGUGGCUAUGGUAUGUUGAGUUCAAGUUACUAAAUGUUUUAUUGUCAUGGUUUAAAAUGGACUCUCAUGACCUCAGAAUAAGAUGUAACCACCCUCAAAUUGCAUAUGUUAAUAUGUAUGCACCCACACAUGUGCAUUUAUAUGUGUAUAUAUAUAUAUAUUUAUGCCUUCAUGUAGCAGGUGUUUGGACUCAUCAGCAGGUAGAAACAGAUGUGUUGUAGAGUAAAGCCUUAAAAAGUACACACAAAACAAACUACCAAAAUACACUGAGUGCAGUAGCUGUUCGACUCUUUGUAUUUAGAAAUCUGUGGUUAGUGUUUAGUCCAAUAAACCACAUGCAGUAAGUUGUUCAUUAAUAGUAAUAGUUUGUAUUCCUGGAGUCUGAAAUGACAGCAAUGAUAAUAAUGAGGUUUGUUAAAACAUUGGACGUAUUCGAAAUGAGUGUAUGUUUAUUUUGUCUUUAGAGGUUAAAGGCAGUCAGUCAUAUAGACAUGUUUCUGUUUUGUUUGUUAUAAUGUCAUCAUAGGAUUUUUUAAUGAGACAAAAUUCAAUUGAAAUAAAUGUGAGUUUUCAUUUCCA